AUGCCGAUGAAUGGCUCUUUAUAUUUCACUUUGGUCAAUAAACCACAGCAUGUUCCAGAUAGUGCUCUCCUCUAUUUGAAAAGAGACACAGAUGUUCUUACAGAUAAACCACAGCAUGUUCCAGAUAGUGCUCUCCUCUAUUUGAAAAGAGACACAGAUGUUCUUACAGGUGAAGCUUCCACCUGGGGCACAGGAUUGUACAAAACAUUUAACAAUCGCAUGUUUGCUUUCAAAUCAUCCUGCAAUUUUACGUUCUGUCGACACUGUGUUGAGUUGGGAAGAGAAUUCAACAUUGAAAUGAAUCGAAACAGGGAAGGAAAAAUUGGUCAACUAUCCAUUGUGCUAGAUGCCAAUACUAUAAUCGUGAAAGAUGGCCGAGUGUUUGUCAACCAAAAAUAUGUGCAGGUGCCAUUUGACAAUAAAAUGAUCCGUAUUAAGAAAUAUGGGGACUAUACCAAGCUGGAAAGCCGCAGAGGUAUUCUGACAUUAGUAUGGAACAAUGAAGAUAAAUUAUCAAUUGUUAUACUUAAAAAUCACAGCACCUGUGGACUUUGUGGAGACAGCCAUGGCAGCACAGGCAAAGACAUCACAAACCUUAUUAAAGACAGCAAAAUCCCAGAUACAACUUGUCCCGAUCCUGUUAUUGAACAGACUCUGAAAUGUGAUGAUGGGAAAGUGUAUUGUCAAGGUAUAAUUUCAAAAUACUUCAAAUCAUGUAAAAAUGUGGGCAGUCUGUACCUUGAGUAUGUAAGGUUAUGCACUGAAGAAUACUGCAAAACUGGAAAUGGACUGGAUGUGUGUCCUACCCUGUUUGAAUUAGCCAGACAGUGUUCCUCUGGAGGACCUGGUCCAUAUGAAAUAUGGAGAAGUGAUCCUGAUGUGACUUGUGUGACACCUGCCUGUCCAGAAUCUGAAAUUUACAGAGACUGUGCACCCUCCAACCAAGCAACGUGUUCCUAUCUGUCUCCUUUCCAAGAUGCUGGAUGCGUGGGUGGCUGCAUGUGCCCAGAAGGCUAUGUUCGAGAUGAUAUUAGAGGAAGUGGCAAAUGCAUUGAGAAAGCAACUUGUGCUUGCAAAUUUAAUGGAAAUGUAUAUAGGUCUGGCGAAACAAGGAAGAGUACUUGUAAUUCAGAAUGCACUUGCCAAGACACAAAAUGGACAUGUACCGAAUCUUUAUGUCCAGGAAGAUGCGAAGUGGAAGGACCUUUCAUCACCACCUUUGAUGGCACUUCUUAUACCCAUGCUGGAGACUGUCAUUUUGUAGCAAUCCAGGACAAGAAUUGGUCAUUGAGUGUGGAAUUACACCCAUGUCAUACUGGUCCAGGUGACACAUGUCUUGAAAGUGUGACUUUGGCUCUUGGGCUAACUGUUUCAGCAGACAGAUAUGUAUUUCAUAGCAAUGGCACCUUCUUCAAUGAAAAGAUAAAGCAAACGGAUUAUUAUGCUUCAGAUACAAUCAUCAUCUUCAGACAAUCAUCACUCUACAUUGAAGCAGAAUUAUACUUUGGCCUUAAAUUACAAAUACAGUUAGGCCCAACUAUGCAGCUGUAUGCCUCCCUGCCAGCAAAAAAGUAUACAAAUACGAGAGGGCUCUGUGGUUCAUUCAACAACAAAGCAGAGGACGACUUUAUGUCUAGCCAGAACAUUUUGGAGGUGACCUCUGAGGCAUUUGCAAGCUCCUGGGAAAUGAUGACCUGUCCUAAAGCCAGGCAUCUGUCCUGUACCAGCAUAGAGAAAGAGAAUUUUGCCAAAGAACACUGUGCAGUACUCACUGAUCCCAGCGGAGUAUUUGCACCUGGACAUUUCAUUGUGGACCACAGAACCUAUUAUGAGAGAUGUCUUAUAUCAACAUGUGUAUGUGAAAAAGUAAUGGAUUGUUUGUGCACAGCCCUGGGAAACUAUGUCAAAGCAUGCGCUAAACAUGGAAUAUACAUAACUGAUUGGAGAAACGGGAUCUGUGCAGGGGAAAACUGUGAAGAUGGCAAAGUUUUCCAUUAUGAUGCCAAAGCCUGCAAUACCUCUUGCCGUUCCUUUUCUGAGUGGGAUUUGAGCUGUGAUGUGACAAAUACCCCAGUAGAUGGAUGUGUUUGCCCUGAGGGCCGAUAUGCAAAUAGCAAAGGAAUAUGUGUCAAACCAGAUUUAUGUGAUUGUUACUUAGAUGAUACGGUGCUGAUACCAGGUCAAAAAAUUCAGAUGGGUAAUUAUACAUGCAUUUGUAGAAGAGGGCAGGUAUUUUGCCACAAUCUUUCUGAUCUCAAACCUGUAAACUGUACAGGUGGAGCUGAAUUUGUGAGUUGCUCUGACCCAAAAGCAAAGUUAAGGGUUGACGAAAUAUGUAGUGGUCUAAUCAUCAUACCUCCUAUGUCUGCAGACUUGUCCUGCAGGCCUGGUUGCUAUUGUCCUUUAGGCCUGGUUCGAGACUCUGAAGGGAAGUGCAUUCCACGGGCUCAUUGCCCAUGUUCUUACAGUGGUCGAAAAUACGAACAAGGAGGCACAAUAAACAUUGAAUGCAACACAUGCAAAUGUGUAGAAGGAUCUUGGAUAUGUACAAGAAAAAAGUGUCAGAGUGCUUGCCAUCUCUACGGGGAUGGUCAGAUUCAGACGUUUGAUGGGAAGUGGUAUAGUUAUGAUGGACUUUGUCAGUAUGUACUUGCUGAGGACUAUUGUGGCAAAGAAAAGGGGUCAUUCAGAAUCUUAACAGAAAGUGUCCCUUGCUGCGAAGACGGAGUUACAUGCUCCAGGAAAAUCACAGUAGUGCUAAAGGAUGGCAACCUUGUUCUAGAAGAUGGGAAAUUCAUGUUUGUCAAAGAUGCAGCUAGUAUUGCUCAGUGUAAAAAAGACGAAGACCGAUAUACCGUACAUACUGUUGGACUGUAUUUGGUAAUCCAUUGCAUAGAUGGAAUAACGUUGAUCUGGGAUAAAAACACAAGAGUGUCAAUCAUAGCGGAUCCCAGUCGGACAGAAGAAACAUGUGGCCUUUGUGGGAACCAGAAUGGAAACCUUCAGGAUGAAUUUACUACUAGACUAGGUUCAUUGGCUGCUGGACCAGUGGAGUUUGGCAACAGCUGGAAGACCAGUCCAACAUGUUCGGACACAGUAGCUGAGUCUUUUCCAUGUGAUGGAAACGCAUACUGCAGAGAUUGGGCUGUGAGAAAAUGUGAAAUAAUUAGAGACUUCCGCUUCAGGGCCUGCCACAGUCAGAUUGACCCUACUCCAUAUCAUAAGGCUUGCAUUGAGGAAGCUUGUGCAUGCUCCAUAGAAGGGAAGUACCUUGGCUUCUGUACUGCUGUUGCAAUGUAUGCAGAGGCCUGCUCAGCCAUUGGCAUCUGUAUAUCCUGGCGUACUCCAGACCUCUGCCCUGUCUUCUGUGAUUAUUAUAAUGCACCUGGGGAGUGCAGCUGGCAUUAUGAACCCUGUGGGACUGUGAAAUCCAAAACUUGUAAGGAUCAUUUGGUUGGCAGGAUUCUUCCAUCUGUCUUGGAAGGUUGUUAUGCAAAGUGUCCUGAUCAUGCACCCUAUCUAGAUGAAAACACAAUGAAAUGUGUCCGUUUGUCAGACUGUACCUGCUAUCACAAGAAUAUAAUCCUUCCUGGGCAGGUCAUUUAUGAUGACUGUGGAAGAAUAUGUGUUUGCAAAGCUGGGGAGCUGGAUUGUUCUGUUUUCCCAGGUGUUCCAAGAGCAGGUGGUGUACCACAUUUUAGAACAGAAACGACUAGCAGGCCCACCACAAGGCUGGGUACCACCAGCAUUGUAGUCCCUGGUGGGAAAGAAUUUGGAGUUACCACUGAAAACACAGAAGCUGGAAGGUUGACAGAAGCGAUGGAGCAUUUCACUACAGAAUCACUUACAUAUGCCAGGACUGUUACCCUUCCUAGUAUCAGCACAGGCAUUUCUGGGAGAGCUUUCGAAUGGAGCACAGGUGCUACCAGCAGGUCUACUGAACAUGGAGCAGUUGAAAGGGCAACUGAAGGCAGCAAGAGUGUCACUACAAAGGCAACAAGCUAUGUGAAGGCCAGUACAGAAGUCCUUCCUGGGCCUAUCACAGGUAUCACUAGCAGUUCCGUCAGUUGGCAGAAAGUUAUUCCCACAAGCAUCACUGAACAUUCAGGAGUUGAAAGUUCAACUGAAGGCAUAGAGAAUGUCACUCAAUAUGCCAAAAAAAGAACCACAGGUCCUUAUGAGACUGUUGUAGCAGUGACCAGCCAACAUGGUUUCCCUAAAACCACAGAAAAUCAUGCCACAAAGAAGAUACCUCUUGUCACAACGGGCUUUAGGACAAGUCCUGCCACAGGAGGCAGUAGUACAAUUUGGCCACAUGUUAGUGGAGAGACCACCCAUGUUACUGAGAAGUCUGUCACUGAAUACACUGGAAGUGUUCAAGAAGGCUCAUCUCCACCUUCUUUAUUAUCUGGAAGACCUGGAGAAUGUCUGCCAUUGCAAGAAUCAAUCUCGUGUCGGUUUAAAAAUAAAUCUUACGAGGUUGGAGAAACAUUUCGUGAUCCAGAUAAUCCAUGCCUUAAUUACACCUGUACGGCAGAAGGCUUUACAACAAAAGUUAAAGAAUGUGUUAAACAGAACUGGUGCAGCAAAAAAUUCAGAAUGUAUCGUGCAGACAACUGUUGCUACGACUGUAUCAAUGUAUGCAGACCAGCUCCUGUAGAGGUUGGAGUCACUGCAAACGGUUGUAGAGGUGUCAUCGUGAUGGCAAAAUGCACUGGGGAGUGCAAAAAUGCAGUUUUGUAUGGUGAUGUGGAUCGUCAAAUGGUAAACAAGUGUUCUUGUUGCAAGGCAAAGGAACAUGUAUAUAAGAAUAUUCCCAUUGUCUGUCCUGAUGGAAGGUUAGAAGAAUAUAGAUACAAGCACACCAUCUCCUGCAGCUGCCAGGCUUGUGAAGGUUCCUAAUGCAACCGUGUUUUAAAUGGCCCUUUCCCCUUCUA